GACGCGUCUCCUCCAAGUUUUCACCCCUCCUACCUGUGACCGGCCAUUUUCCUAUACGCUGUGUUCUGUUUCCUGAAUCAGCAUCGCCAGCGCACAAUAGCGAUGGGCACAACCAGCCUCCUGCGAGGCGUUCACAUGACGGCGCUGUCGCGCAGUGUCACCCAAAGCCUCAAGUCACCCGGUCUUGUGUCCUCUCGACUGGCUCUGGCGCCGACGACUCGCAAUGCGCUGAAAAGCAGGCGCAACUGCCUGCCCCAAUUAGCCUUCCACCAAUUCACCAACACCUCCCUGGACAGCUCAGCAACUUCCAAAGUAUCAGCCGAAAGUGCUGCGCACGUGCGGCAUGAUGAAUCGGACCCGUCAGCGAAGGAUGGUGCGAAACCAGCCGACGACAAGAAGGCGCGGCCUGCCAUCAAGAUCAAAUGGUACUGGAAGGGCUUGAUUCUUCUUGUCGAGCUCUGUAUUGGCGACUACCUGCUCGACAGGUAUGUAUUUGGCGGCGUGAUGCUGCGCACGACCAUUGCCUAUGCGGUGCUCGCACGGGUCGGCCUUGACUACAAGCUUCACUACGGCAAGGAUUGUUGGCUGGCCAGGCAUCCAGAGGAGGAUCUCCACCAUCGCAAUGCGCAGCGCGUGUGCUCCAUGCUGAAGUGGAACGGCGGUCUGUAUCUCAAGGCCGGGCAAGCCGUGGCCAUGCAGGGGAGCGUGCUUCCCGAGGAGUACCAACGCAUGUUUGGCGAAAUGUUCGACGACGCGCCGCAAAGCUCGUGGUCUGACGUCGAAAAAGUCAUCAAGCAGGAUUUCGGUGGUCGCAGCAUUGAGGAGGUCUUUGGCGUCACUGAAUCUGAUCAGCAGGGCAACUCCCUGUUUGUCUUCGAACGGGAGCCGCGGGCCUCCGCAUCCAUUGCCCAGGUGCAUUACGCUCGGCUACCGGACGGCCGUGGCUUGGCGGUCAAGGUUCAGCGGCGGGAGAUCUCCAAGCAAGUGUCCUGGGACCUCUGGUCCAUGAAGCUCAUGACCGAGUACACGGCCUGGGUGACUGGGCUACCCAUGGGUGGCAUGGGUCAGUUCGUCGCCGACAGGGUAAUGCAGGAGACGGACUUCGAGCACGAGGCGGGCAACUCUGAGAAGAUGGCAGAUCUGAUCGCGAACGAUCCGUCACUCCGCGACCGUGUCUAUAUCCCGAAGGUGUACCGAGAGUUCACCUCCAAGCGAGUUCUUACAACGGAGUGGGUGGAUGCAGUCCAGCUUUGGGAUCGAGACGCAAUCACCGGCCGGGUCGCAGCAAAUCAUUCGACCGCGUCCAAUAAAGCUGGGCUUGGCCUUCGCCUGGAAGACGUCAUGAGGACUGUUGUGGAGCUGUUUUCCGCGCAAAUGUUCUCGUGGGGUUUUGUCCAUUGCGACCCGCACCCUGGCAACAUUCUCGUACGUCAGAACCCUAAGCACCCUGCGCGCGCGCAGGUUGUGCUUCUCGAUCACGGCCUCUAUAUUACAAUGUCGGACGAGCUGAGAAGACAAUACGCCCGAUUCUGGAAAGCACUUGUCACCAACGAUGAUGCUGCACUUCAGAGAGUAUCGCGCGAAUGGGGGAUGAAGAGCGCCGAUGCGUGGGCUGACGCGUCGCUCAUGCGGCCGUACAAAAACCCAUCUAAUGCAGACAACGAAAGUAGCCAAGGGUGGGAGCGGACUAAGGAAACCCCUGAAGAGCGCAAGCAGCGGAUGAUUGACGAAGCUGCGGCAUAUCUGGGUGACGAGGCUCAUUGGGUCCUGUGCUCUCAAGGCCAUCAAAGAUGAUGGGCAGGUGAAGGAAACAUUCCGGGAAAGGAUCUCAACCCGCAUGGCUCUUAUGUCUCUUGAUAUUGCUUUCUGGUGGAGCGCUGUCAAGCAAUAUUUUGGGUACGGUGGGGGGUUGGAGCAAGAGCUGAAGGAUGCGGAGGAUCGCCAGCUCCGGGAGACUAAAGAUGCGGUGGCAGAAUUGUUCGGCAUAACGGUAAACUGAAAUCAACCCCGAUAAUGAGUUGACACACAAUAAAUCUACUUUGUCCUUCUCGC